UCUUGCCCUUUGAGCUCGACGCCUGUUUUCCUCCAUUAACCCAUCGCUCCGCUUCAGUAUUCUGGAACCUACACUCAGUGACUGCAAGAUUUGUUGGGCGUUGGGGCUCUGGACCUAUUUGGAAACACAUCAUCGUUUUCAUCUUUCCCACCGCCAUCGCCACUCGCGACUUGGGCCGCUUGUCACGCCAACACCAUGGACGAAAUCGAUGAGGACGAAAACGAGGAUGUCUCUUUCUUCAUGCCGAAGGGCAACAGACUCAGCUUCAAAAGGUCUACAUGGAUACCCUGGCUCAGCUCGAUCCGGUGGGCGGCGUCACAUCUAGGCAUUUGGCAUAUCAUCAGCCUCGACGAAUAUCUGCUCACCGACGAUAAGAUGCUUGGCAUCCCUGAACAGGCGCCGAGUUCUGACAACGUCCGAAAACGCCUCAUACGCAAACGCCAGGCGGCUUACGACCGCGAAUGUGCUGCUUGGCUGCGGACUGAUCCGCAGGAACGAGGACCGAGACCCGACCCUUCUUCCAUCGAGUCGACAGAGGAAAUGUUCUUGACGGAGGCCUCGGCAGCCAUAGAAGAAUACAGCAAGGCCCGCCACGCAGCCCGGCCGAUGAUUAAGGCUUGCACCCAGGUGAACAUGCUCAUCAGCUCAACAGUUGAUAGAAAAACUUUUUAGCCUCGCAUUGUCGCGGAUGCAGGUCGAAGGAGAGACUAGGACUCGGUAUCUCCUCCGCACGCUGCGCUUUGUUCACCGCCGCUAUUGUAUGAACCAGCCAUAGACGCUCGUCAUCGGAACCGUUUUGCUAGGCGAUAGAGUAACGCUCCAUCUCAUCGUCUUGAGCAG